CAUUUUCUCCUCCAUUUUCAAAUUAAAAUUGAAAGACAGCCCAACCAAUUUCCCAAACUUGUCUCAUUUGUCAAACAUGACACGCACUUUGUCGCUGCUCUUCGUAUUAAGUCUAAUUACCAAAAUACUGGCCGAAGACGCCCCGGCGAAGGGCCCCUCCGACCCUGGCCUUAUCCAGCAAGUGAACCCCAACUACGACGCUGUUAAAGGCUUGAUUUGCUACCAGUGCCAUUCCGUCUCGAAAGAUUUGCAACCCUUGUGCGAGAAAUCAUAUUUUCGACACGCAACUCCACAGGAGAAGUACAACAUGUCUUUACAGUGCCCCAGUUACCAAGGAACGUAUUGUUUCACGAAAAUUUUAAAGUUAAACCGACAUGUUGAAACGUUCAGAGGCUGCAGUGGCCCCAAAGACAUAAAAGGCAACGAUUUGAAGACCGGCUGUAUGACCACGAAAAAAGAAGUCCUUUGCUUGUGCGACAAGAAGUUCUGCAACAGAGCGGUGGGGUGUGGGGGUUAUGCGGUGUUAAGUACAGUUAUUUCGUUUUUAAUUAGUUUUUGUUUGAUUUAAAACGAGCUAAACCAAAUUUCCCGCGUGAAGGAACGGUGGUCGCCGGAAUUUUGCAACACGUUUCGGUGAAAUAAAAAUGGGGGAAAUAAAACACCGCAUAGUAUUGUAGUUUUUUAUUUAUAGACAAA